AUGGCCGACAUGAGGAAGGGCUCUUACCACGGGUUUGUUCUCCUCCUGAGGAUCGUAAACACCAGCAUCCCCGACACGCUGAUGAAUUCAGACAUAACUUUCUUCAUGCCCAAUGAUGAGGAGUUAUCAGAAGCUGCCAUCACUUCAGGCCAUAUCCCAGAAUUCAUCUUCAGCCAUUCAAUGCCAACUGCAUUGCACCUCAACCAUUUUGUUGAUUUACCAAAUGGAACUCUUGUCCCAUCAAAUAUUCCGACCAAGAUCAUCAGCAUAAGCAAUUCUAAAAGAUCAGGCCUGUUUGUAAACAACGCCAGAAUUGUGACCCCAGAUGUGUGUACAAGCUCUACGAUUAGGUGUCAUGGUAUUAGCACAGCUAUGAGAUUGGAUAAUUCCAUGUUUAACUCACAGAAAUGUAAUAGGUUGGAGCCACCUACUGACCCAAUAAUGACUCCAACUGUAAUUGCUUGA